UUUUCUGUUCAUCUACGGCCAACUUUGAACGGGAACGUGUAAGAGUAUUUUAAUAACUUUCUGUCUAGUUAUCUAGCUGGCGCGGAGUUCAGUGAGAGUAUGACGUCACUUUGACAUGGGCUGUGUCCCUUCUAGCCAUGAAUCUUUUAAAUACCCAUGACCAAGUUUUGCCUACAUGACAACAACGUUUAGUCUGCAUGAGUAUAUACUAACAGCACAGAUGCACACGGUCAUCCUUAUUAUUUCGAUUAUUAUUUACAUUUCAUGCAGCCUUCAUGUCGGUCAUGAGGAUCCUAUAACCCGGACCCAAUGUUCUGCUGUACUUUUAUGACGCAUUUUAAGCGCGACUCCUUAAUUCUGUUGAAAUGAGUUGUAAACGGCAGCUAGGUGAUAGUGAGAAUGUAAAGAAAAUAAAAAAGAGAAACAAGCGUGAAGAGAUAGCAAAGCUUUCUCCACUAAUCGAAGACGAAGAUGUGAAGAGGGGCGUGAAGGAAGCAUGGUCGCAGCAAGCGUCGUACUCUCACGGGGGUCUGGAGCUGAACUGCUACCCCUUUCCUCACUGCAUCAUCAGGAACUUCAUCCAGAGUGAUAGUUUUACAGAGAACCUUAAGAGAGAGCUUCUAGAACUUAACUUCCAUGAGAAAUCCAAUGAUCUGUACAAAUUUAAACAGUCAGAUGACCUAAAAAAGAGAAAAGAGACUCACAUCACAGGGUUGAGGGCAGCGAUAUUUGGGCAGUUCCGAACCUGGAUGGGGGAAGUGUUGGGGGUAGACCUGGAGCCCACAGUGGACAUUUCCUGUGCCAAGUACCAAUAUACCGAUGUUCUGUUGUGUCAUGAUGAUGAGUUGGAGGGGAGGCGUGUUGCUUUCAUUCUCUACCUUGUCCCUUCAUGGGAGAUCAGUGAUGGAGGAACCCUGGAUCUCUUCAGCACAGAUGGCAACUUUCAGCCCGAUAAUGUGGUGAAGUCUCUGGUGCCCAGCUGGAACACUCUGGUUCUCUUUGAGGUUUCACCAACCUCCUUCCACCAGGUUGCAGAGGUGUUGUCAGAGGAUAAGUGUCGCCUCUCACUGAGUGGAUGGUUUCAUGGACCGUCUUUGGAGCGGCCCCCUCGUCACAUUGAGCCCCCAUUACUAAGGAGUCCCCACCUUCCAAGAGAUGAGACACUGUUGCUAGAGUGGCUGAAUCCACUGUAUCUGGAUGCCGAAUACCAAGCACAAGUACAGGAAGAAUUUGAGGAUAGCUCUGAGAUCCAGCUCAAGAAUUUCCUCAAAGAAGAGAAGUUUAAAGAGCUGAAUGAAGCACUGCGAUUGGCUGAGAACAAGUGGACCAAGUGUGGUCCUCCCAAUAAAAGGUGCUAUGAAACGGCUCUCCUAGAAUCCUCCCCUGAGUGUGUGAGUGCAUGCUGGGAGCUUCUGCGCUCAGAGGCGUUUUUCCUUCUUCUGUCCAACUUCACUGGCCUGAGGCUACACUACCUCAGCCCGAGCGAAGAAGACUGUGAGGAGGAGGUGGACGAGGCACAGGCGAGAGAAACCACAGGGUCACCUACGGAAAAAUUGGCUAGUAAAAAUACCAAAGUCCCAAGCACACCAGUGUGUGUUGGAGAACUGCGUCGCUGGACUCACGGGGGAUACACACUCCUUCAUGAUGGAGACGCAUCAAGAGCAGAGUAUGCCCUGGACCUGCUGUUGCCCCUGGGUUGUUCUGACUGGCAGCCUGAUUUUGGUGGCUUCACAUCUUAUGUGGCUAAUGAAGAGGAUGAGGAGCUCCUGACGGUGUAUCCAGAGGAGAACUCCCUGGCUCUUGUCUACAGGGACAAGGAGACUCUCAAAUUUGUCAAACAUAUAAAUCACAGAAGCUCCACCCUACCUAUUGGGGAUGCUUGUAUGCAAACAUUUUUUGACUUUUCAUUUGUGUAUUAUGAAUGAGUUGUGUUUUUGGAAUAUAGCAUCUCUGGGAGGGGUGGUCUAUCUUCAUGAAAGCCCUGUGAUGUAAUUUGUUAUACAUUGAAAUGAACAGGCAGGGACACUAUGUUACUAUGGUAACCUGCUUUUGGACAGCAGCCACAGAGACUCAGAUAAAGCUUGGGCGUGAUGACAGAAUUUCCAGAUUUUGUGGUAUCUUGUUUUUACUGUUAGUUUGUGUGUGUGCAAUUCAAUCUAUCUUACUAUUCAUGCUGUUACUGUAAAAAUGAAUCAGUCAGGGAAGUAAACUACUAGUAUUGGUUAUAAAACUUAACACUCACUUCACUGUUAAUUUGUUCACUUUUAAAUAAAACCGUAUAUCAAGUGAA